AUGUGGGCGCUGCCCCAACGCUCCCCGUCGCCCGCGCUCGCGCCCCGUUUCUUUUACUGCCUUCGCCGUGGCAGACGUGUUACGGCUCUGAUGAGAAUGUCGCUAAAAGUGAGGAGGAGAAAGUUCCAGUCGCUGGUGGAGGCGCUGUGCCUGGGGCUGGAGCGCGGCGGGGCCAGCCCCUCGCUGAGCAAGCUGGUGCUAGACCUCAACCUGGGCACCGGGCAAGUGGUGCAGCUGUGCCGCGCGCUGCAGGCCGCGCCGCACGUGGCCGUGCUGCACCUGCCGCACCUGGGCUGCGGGCGCGACGGGCUGCGCGCCAUCGCGGGCCUGCUGCGCGCGCGCCCGCUCGUCGCGCUCAACCUGGCCGGCGGGCUGAGCACGCUGCAGCACCUGGGCAAGCAGCCAUCGCUGCUCAGCAACGUGUCGCCGAAGACCGGCCCGGGGGCCUACUUCUCGUCGCUGCCGCGCGGCGUGAUGGGCGGCUACAACUCGCUGGGGCGGCCAGCCACGCUGCCGCGCCAGCCGCUGCAGCAGCUGCUGGCGGACGCGAGCUACGGCAGCGCCGACUCCAAGCGCAACUCGGACAGCGUGCUGUUCCAGCGCCUCUUCCACCCGCUGCCCGCCUGCGACCCGUCGGCGCACGCCGGCUCGGGCUUCCACGACGUGUUCGAGGCUGCGCGCGACCCGGCCUGCAAGCUGCGCUCGCUCAACGUCAGCAAGUGCCUGCUCGGCGCCGAGGACGCGCUCUGCCUCGGCGAGACGGGCGGCACGCGCCUGGGCGAGGUGCUGCCAGUGCUGCUGGCGCUGGCCGACAACUCCUCGCUGCAGCUGCUCGACCUGAGCUCGCAGCGCCUCGUGCUGGAGGACGGCCCCACGCAGCUCGUGUGCCAGGCACUCGCCAAGAACACGGGCCUGCGCCUGCUCAGCCUCGACGGGUGGACCUUCCGCAUCGAGGUGCGCGGGGCCUUGCUCUUCAGAUGA